AUGGAACAGCUGGCAAAUAUAUGUGUUCACACAGCAAUGUCCUCACAGAAAAUUACGUACCCGUGGUGGUAUGGCGGUGCUGGUGGUAUAUUUGCUACGGUUUGUACACAUCCGCUAGACCUCGCUAAAGUCAGACUACAAGCUGCUCCUUACCCAAAGCCUACUAUACCCGGUAUGAUAUCUCAAAUCAUUAGAAAUGAUUCCUUUCUGGGGCUCUAUGCCGGACUCAGUGCGUCAAUCUUGAGACAAUGUACUUACACAACGGCUAGACUAGGUCUGUAUAAUUUUAUAAAAGAAAAUGUAUUACCCAAUGAUUCUAUGAACUAUCUCUUAUUGGCAUCCAUUGUGAGUGGUGCAGUUGGCGGAUUAUUUGGAAAUUUUGCAGAUGUCGUUAACAUCAGAAUGCAAAAUGACUCUGCUUUACCAUCAAAUCUUAGAAGAAACUACAAAAAUGUGUUUGAUGGAAUAUACAAGAUCGUGAAAUAUGAAAAUGGGCUUAAGGCAUGUUUUAUCGGUUGGAAACCAAACGUACUGAGAGGUAUACUCAUGACAAGUUCGCAAGCAGUUACCUACGAUUCUACUAAAUUAAAGUUGGUCAAUAGUUUCCAUUUUAGCGAUAACAGUCACUGGACACAUUUUCUGUCAUCUUUAUUUGCAGGUCUUGUCGCUACGACGGUUUCCUCACCAGUAGAUGUAAUUAAGACAAAAAUAAUGAACGCAUUGGAGGAUUCACAUGGGAAAAAUACUUUCAAAAUACUAUCACAAGCAAUACGACAAGAGGGACCUUCCUUUUUGUUUCGAGGAUGGUUGCCCAGUUUUACUAGACUCGGUCCUCAUACAAUGCUAAUCUUUCUCACCAUGGAGCAACUAAAAAAGCAUAAAAUUGGCAUGUCCUAG